AUGCGUCAAAGAAGACUUGAUACUGCCUCUGUGCUGAGACUAGCAAUUGCCUCACGGGAAAAAACCUUGGCUGAAAUGAUGUCUUUGGUUCCGUUAUUUUUAUUCGCUCUGUCAAGUCCAACUAUUUCUGCUGCUGACGACAUGAAACUUCAACUGGUACAAGUGAUUUGGCGGCAUGGAGAUAGAACACCUACGUUGACACAUAGAACAGAUCCAAUAAAGGAGGAUGAUUGGAAGCUUGGAGGAGAAGGAUGGGGGCAACUCACACCGACAGGAAUGAAGCAGCAUUUUAAUUUUGGAAAACAACUGCGGAAGCGUUAUGUCGAUAGUGGAUUUCUUAGUGAAAGAUAUAAUGCAAAGGAGAUCUAUAUUCGCGCAACAGACUAUAAUAGGACAGUAAUCUCCGCCAUGUCAAAUUUGUUGGGCAUGUACACCUACAAUAACACUGCAAGCGUUAAAGGUACAGACUAUCCAGACGUGGAGGGAUGGCCGGACGGAUUUAUUCCAAUUGCAGUGCACACUAUUGACCAUCACAUCGACAAUAUGUUGAUCCCUCAUAACCCGUGCAACCGCAUGAAUUGGCUGUUUGAAAUGCUUAGAAAUAAAUCCGACGAGGUUAAAGGAUACAUAAACAGGGCGGAUGUACAAGAGGUUUUUGCGUACUUGACAGAAAAAGCUGGAGAAGGCAUUAAGGCUUACAACCAGAGUAACAUAUGGGAAGUACGUGAUACGCUGAAAAUAGAGCAGGUACAUUUCCCAGAAAGACUAAGAAAUGAAUGCACUUGGUAUUCAGACGAGUUGUACACGAAAAUUGCUCAGAUUGCAGACAAAAUUUCACUGUUUGACAAUGGGAUCUUUGAACAUGGACCAGUGAUAAUAAACGACCUUGAUAUGGGCCUGGAACUGCGUAAAAUACGAGGAGGCCCAGUGACCAACGAUGUUAAUAUGCGUAUGUAUAUGAAAUACGAUUGCUUAAACAGACAACAUGAACCUCAGUGUCGCUGGAUAAAAAAUCUCAAGUAUCAUGUUUAUUCAUGCCAUGACACAACUAUUUUCGCGCUCUUGACUGUCUUGGGAAUCGAGUCAAAAGUCGUUGUUAGCGGAUCAUAUCCGGACUAUGCUUCGGCUGCUUUCGUUGAAUUAUAUACAAAUGCCGCGGGCGAACCUUACUUUAAGAUAUUGUACCGCACUAGUGAUGUGGAGGACGAGAUUUAUUCCGUAACGCAAUUUAUAGAUGGUUGUGACAAAAAGGAAUACUGCAAACUAGAGGUCUUCGACAAGUACGCUAAAGGGGCAAAACCGGAUCUAGAUAUAAUGGAGUGGUGCGAGGUGAACCCAUGGGGCAGCCCUGAGGAUGACAGUUCAUCUACUAAUCUUAUGCACAUUACUUUGGCUUUCAUAUUGAUUGCACACCUGUGGUCUCUUUCUUGAUCGAUCGCCUCACACUCUUGUAGAAGAGGACGUGAUGUAUAGUCUUCAUUUGUUAUCGUACAGUCGAAUAUGUAAAAUAUGUAAUGAAUCUUCUCUAUUAUAUGCUUUUCAAUAAC